UGAUUAUGUACAUGUCUUUUUGAUUCUUUCUAGACAUCCGUGUGUGAGCAGCUGCUCUUAGGCCCAUCAGUCAGUAGCUGUCAGGACCUUGUCCCUUUUGACUCCUUCAUGAAAGCCUGUGAACUGGACAUGUGCUACUGCAACAACAGCGCCACAUCCUUUUGUAUUUGCACAACCAUUUCAGAAUACUCUCGCCAGUGUAUUCGGGCUGGUGGAAAGCCUGAACCAUGGUGGACUGAGCAGUUCUGUGGAAAAUCAUGUCCUUAUCAAAAUAUGGUGCACAGAGAAUGUGAAAACCCUUGCAUCAACACUUGUUCAAACCCUGACAGAGGUCUGAUUUGUGAAGGCCACUGUAUUGAUGGGUGUUUCUGUCCAGAAGGAUACCUGUUUGAUGACCUGACUAAUAGAGGCUGUAUUGCUGAGAGUCAGUGCGGCUGCAUCCAUGAUGGAAAAAUCUAUGAGCAUGGAGAGACUUAUAGGAUUUAUGGAGAUGGCCAUUACAUUACAUUUGAUGGAAAGCCAUACACUUUCAGUGGAGACUGUGAAUACACAUUAGUCGGGAACAAGGAAUUCAGGCUGUCUGAUGGAGGUUAUCAGAUUCUUCAUAGAGAUCAGGGGCUGGAUAUUCCUUACCGAAUUUUGGUAAGAGGAAUAUACACGGUCCUUGAUGCAAGCAAUGGUUUAACUGUCAUGUGGGACCAGAGGAAAAACAUGUUCAUCAAACUCAACCCAAACUUCAAGGGUUCUGUUUGUGGUCUUUGCGGAAACUAUGAUGGAAACUCAAACAAUGACUUCAUGUUGAGAAAUCGCGAGGUGGAAACUAAUCAAUUGAAGUUUGUAAGCGAUUGGAAAGAAUCCUCUAUCUGUUCUGUGGCCACAGAAAUGAGAAAUCCCUGCUCAAGCAACCCUUACAAGCAUUCAUGGGUUCAGAAACAAUGCAGUAUCAUUAGGAGUGAAGUUUUUCAGGCUUGUCAUUCACAUGUGGAUCCCAAUCAUUUUUAUGAUGCCUGUGUGAGAGACUCAUGUGGUUGUGUUAGUGGUGGCGAUCGUGACUGUUUGUGUGGCGCUAUAGCUGCUUAUGCACAAGCCUGUAAUGAUGCUGGAAACUGUGUUGCCUGGAGAACACCCAAACUAUGCCCAUUGUUCUGUGAUUAUUACAACCCUUCUGGUGGAUGUGAGUGGCAUUACAAACCUUGUGGAGCUCCCUGCAUACAGACAUGCAGGAAUCCAGAUGGACAAUGCUCAAAUCAGAUCUUAUCACUUGAAGGGUGUUAUCCAAAAUGUCCCUCUGAAUAUCCUUACUUUGAUGAGGAUUCAAUGAAAUGUGUUAAGAGGGAACAGUGUGGCUGCUUUGACAAACACGGGGAUUAUUACAUCAACCAGAAGCCAGUUCCUUCAACAGAAAACUGUCAAACAUGGUAUGCUAUCGUUUUCAUGUAAAAAAUUUCAGCCAAUUGUUA